GCAGUCGCGUUGGUGCAGCGAGUGGUUGCAUGACAGACUGUCCCGUUUGUUCAGAGAUUCACUUCUGACUUUUACCAACACAAAGGAUUUCUUUGGAAGCAAAACAAGGACAGCAACGCGCUGAAGAGGUAAGAAAUUUCAAGACCCUGUUCGUCGACUUGUCACUGUUGUACAAGCAUGACUGAGGUCUCACAGGCACCGGUUGUCAUUGCCAAUGACAUGGAGGAUGUCUUCUGUGAAAAUGAAGAAGAAAUGGGCAGUGCAGAAAAGAAAGAAAAUGAUGAAACGCACAAGGGUGAACUGGUGAGUGAUAAAGAAGACGAAAGUGAGGAAAACGAGAGUUCACAUAAAGAAGAUGAAACACCCGGCCACACAAGCGAUAAAACAAGCGAAGAAACUGACAAGACGCACACGAACGGUGUGGCGCACAUCGACGCCACCACUACAAAUGAGAAACAUCUGAAGUGUGAAGUGAGUGCGGAAGCUGUCAAUGGUGUACAAAAGGAGCAACAGGAGCAACCGGAACCUCACAUGAAUGACGACCAGAAUAUUUCUGAUUUGACACUAAAAAAAGAGAAACUUCUGAGGUCCAGAAAGCCAGUGGCAAGAAGUUAUGUGCCGAAAGAGAGAAAAGACAAGGGGGAUGUGUCGGGCAAGUUUGAAGCCAUGCAGAAGGCCAGGGAAGAACGCAGCAGGCAGAGAAACAGGGACGAGCAGCAGAAGAGGAAAGAGCAGUAUAUCAAGGAGAGGGAGUGGAACCGAAGGAAGCAGCAGAUAAAAGAACUGCUUGCUUCCAGUGAUGAGGAAGAAGAGGUGCGGCCUGCAAAGGUAGAGAAAUCCUACGUUCCCAAAAUCACAGGGAGCGUCAAGGGAAAAUUUGCAGAGAUGGAAAAACAGAGACAAGAAGAGGAGAGGAAGAGGAUGGAAGGAGAGAGGAAGAAGAGGGAAGCCCAGGACAACAUUGAGAAAGCCAAAAUCAGGAAGGAAUUGGCUCAGAAGGCUGUUGAGGAGGGAGAUGACACAAUGCUGGUACGUGUCGUUCCCGCAAAGUCGUCCAAAGCUCCAGGCCGAAUCAAGGUGAACUUUGAAGACAUGGAGAGGAGUCGAGAGGAGGAACUGAAGAAGAAGGCAGAGGAAGAGAAGCUCAAACAAUACAACGAAAACAGACGCUCAUUCAGGGAAGCCAAGCGGCGCUCAGUUGUUGACCAAGAUUUGGAGGAGAAGCCAUCUGAGAAAAUGCACUUGAAUCCUGGAAAACUGAAAUUGACAUUUGAGGAGGAGGAGAAAGAAAGACAGGAGCAAAGGAGAAAGCUUGCUGAGGAGGAAGCCAAGAGGCGCUUGCUUGAGGAAAAGAAGGCUUUUGAAGAAGCCAGACUGGAAAUGGAUGAAGAUGAAGAAAACAUGGAUCCUGUUCAUGAAGACAAAGAGGAAGCACGUCCCGGAAAACUGAGACUGAGCUUUGAAGAGUUGGAGAGACAAAGAGUCGAAGCAUUGCGCAAGAAGGCAGAGGAAGAGGCAAAAAAACGAAUGGAAGAAGAAAGAAGAUCUUUUGCUGAAGCCAGAAAGAGCAUGCUGGUGGAUGAGGACGAUGAGGUGCUGAUGGCUUUGCUGAACCUGGAGGGCAGUAAACCCGGGAAAAUUUGUGCCAGUUUUGAGGAUCUGGAACGCCAAAGAAGGGAGGAGGAGCAGAAGAGGGCAGAGGAGGAGGCCAAGAGGAGGCUGGAAGAAGAAAAGAGGCUCUUCGCUGAAGCCCGCAAGAGCAUGGUGUUCGAUGACGGAGAAGAAGUGAUGAUUAAGACCGAGUCUCAGGAGGCGCUGCACCCGAGGAAGCUGGAGAUGAACUUUGAGGAGCUACUGAAAGAGAAAGAGGAAAAUGAGAAAAAACGCAAAGCAGAAGAGCGUAAAAAGAAAAUGGAGCAAGAAAAACAAGAAUUUGAACAACUCCGCCAGGAAAUGGGCGAGGAAGAAAUAAAUGAAAGCUCUGAAAUUAUAAGUAAGGAGUACGAGGAGUUGACCAAGCUGAAAAGGACUGGAUCCAUCCAAGCAAAGAACCUCAAGACAAAGUUUGAAAAAAUCAAGCAGCUAAAAGAAGAAGAAAUACAGAAAAAAAUCGACAUGGAAAGAGCAAAGCGAAAGGCCAUAGAUAAUGAGAUCAAAGAGAGAGAGGCAGAGCGAUUCCAGGAGGAUGAGGCACAAGAAAUGCCGGCUGUAAGAGUGGAAGAGCCUCCUUUUAAACAAAAGGUAGACAUGCGAGCGAGAUUUGAGCAGAUGGCAAAAGCAAGAGAAGAGGAAGAGAGGAAAAGAAUAGAAGAACAAAAGUUGCAAAGAAUGCAAUUCGAGCAGCAGGAAAUUGAUGCCGCCCUACAAAAGAAGAAAGACGACGACGUGGAGGAUGAAGGUGGCAUUAUCAACGGCUCUGCAGCUUAUGAGGAUGAGGAGGAUCAUGCCAGGUCUGGAGCUCCCUGGUUCAAAAAGCCGCUUAAAAAUCAGUCUGUGGUAGAUUCAGAGCCAGUUCGCUUUACCGUAAAGAUAACUGGGGAGCCCAAGCCAGAGGUGACCUGGUGGUUUGAGGGAGAGAUGCUCCAGGACUGCGAGGACUACCAGUACAUAGAGCGAGGAGAGACGUACUGCCUCUACCUGCCAGAGACCUUCCCAGAGGAUGAGGGAGAGUACAUGUGUAAGGCUGUGAACAGCAGAGGCACAGCAGCAAGUACCUGCAUCCUCACAAUAGAAAGUAAGACCACCUUGGUGUGAUUGCAUGCCUGCAUGGUCCCUCCCGAUCUGGAUUUUCAACCUCUCUUCAUGAAGUGGAUUGCAUGUUCCUCUUCCUUUUUGACCUCGAGACAGAAAUGGAUUUGGCUGACUACUCUUCUGCCUGUCUUUCUUGCAGCUUAUGACUACUGAUGUCCCUCCAUGAGUUGGAAAAUUUCCCUGUUGUCUCUCACCCCUUCUGUAAAACUUCAUCGCUCAUGGUAUGGUCAACCAUAGAGGGAUGAAAAAAGCAGUAUGCUGGCAUUCCUGAGGAAGGGAUACACAACAAUAUACACACGCCAAAUAACAAAACAAAAUAAAACACAGGAUGUUUACGUUUAACAGUUGUAAAGCUGCACUCCCAGUCAAGAUUUAGAAUGAUACUUGUGCCAAAAAUAGCCUUGAUCCUUGUUUUCGAAGCAAAGGAUUGCACAAAACUUUUUAACUAUUUGCUACAAGGCCCAACAAUUAUUUGAUACAAUUUUCGAAGAUGUAGUACUGUACUGUAAAUAUCAUUCUUUAUGGUCCAUGUCAUGACAAGUGUUAUGUUUGAGGUUUCAGAUGUAAAAAAAAA